ACGAUCCAAUCGUAAACAACGCGCACGUGCAUUCGGGAAACGAUUUUCAGAAACAUUUCGUCGAUCAGACAGUAAAAACUAAAUCAAAAUGUAUCUGAUGUACGAUUUAAAUGAAAAUGGCGAAAGGGUUUACACCCUGAAGAAAAACAACGCAGAAGGCAAGCCGACCCAAUCAGCGCAUCCGGCAAGAUUUUCUCCAGAGGACAAGUACUCUCGCUACCGUAUCAUCAUUAAGAAGCGUUUUGGAUUGCUGCUGACGCAGAAGCCCGAGCCCGUGUACUGAUCGGCUGAAUCGUUCAAAAUUCCACUCUACCGUUUAAAAAUAAAGCUCCGAAUUUAAGAUGUAA